AUGCCACCUCGCGUGCCCCAGCUCGAGGGGGAGGCGGACCUCCCAACCGCUGGCGACAGCCCACGAUGCGACCCAGUCGGCGACGACGAGGACGAGAUGAGCAUUUGCGACGCCGUCGACGAGGCGGAGGCGGGGUCCAACACGAUCAGCCCGGCGGCACGAGGGGAGGCGCUCGACGACGAGGCGCCAGCCGCGACGGCGGCAGGAGGCGAGGCGAGCAGCAGUGCUCCAGGAGGCGAGACGGUCCUCGGGCGGCGCGAGCGAGGGGAGGCGCUCGACGACGAGGCGCCGACCGUGAUGGCGGAAGGCGACGAGGCGAGCAGCGGUGCCCCACCAACGAAGCGACCGCGCGGGAAGAAGACCAGGGGCGGCAGGAAAGCAAAGAUGGGGGCGCACCAAAUCAGUGACGAGCGUGACAGAGAGAGUGAGGGUGUCUAG